AGGCACCGCAAAACUUAUUUAUAAGCAAGAGCUGCUCUGCUGGAGAAGAAACCUUGCUGAGGCUUUGUCAGCUACUGCUGGUCCCUGACACCACUGGGAGGACACAUCUGCUGCGAUGGGGAGGCAAAAGGACGUGCUUGCUACCAUCGAGGAGCACCUGAGGAUCCGAAAUAAGUUGGUGCGGCAAGCGCUGGCUGAGUGCCUGGGGACGCUGAUCCUGGUGCUCUUCGGCUGUGGCUCUGUUGCACAGAUCGUGCUCAGCAGAGGGACCCAUGGAGGUUUCCUGACUGUCAAUCUCGCCUUUGGCUUUGCUGUGAUGCUUGGCAUUUUGAUCGCAGGCCAGGUGUCAGGUGGACACCUGAACCCAGCUGUCACUUUCGCCAUGUGCUUCUUGGCCCGAGAGCCCUGGAUCAAGCUACCAGUUUAUGCCCUGGCCCAGACACUUGGAGCUUUCCUAGGAGCUGGCAUAGUCUUUGGGCUCUACCAUGAUGCCAUCUGGGCUUUUGGCUCCAACCACCUGUAUGUAACAGGAAGUAAUGCCACAGCUGGUAUCUUUGCCACCUACCCAUCUCAGCAUCUGAAUGUUGUGAAUGGAUUCUUUGAUCAGUUCAUUGGCACUGCUUCCCUGAUUGUUUGUGUCUUGGCUAUCGUGGAUCCUUACAACAAUCCUGUUCCCACGGGGCUGGAAGCUUUCACAGUUGGCUUUGUCGUCCUUGUUAUUGGAACUUCCAUGGGCUUCAACUCUGGCUAUGCUGUCAACCCUGCCAGAGACUUUGGGCCUCGUCUCUUCACAGCCAUUGCUGGCUGGGGUACUGAAGUGUUCUGGACUGGUAAGCAGUGGUGGUGGGUUCCAAUUGUUGCUCCUUUCCUUGGGGCCAUUGCUGGAGUGAUAGUCUACCAGCUGAUGAUUGGAUGUCAUGAUGAGCCUUCUCCACCUGCUUCUGAGCAGGAGACAGUCAAGCUGGCCAACGUGAAGCACAAGGAAAGGGUCUGAGGAAGCUGCCAUUCAGAUGUGGCAGACGUUCAUUACUCAGGACUGCAGCUGGUGAAGAGGAGGGAGGAGUUAAGAAGAGCUUCAACAAGAACAGGAAGAGUUUUUUUCCUGUCUUGAGUUAUUCUAGCCUUUGAUUUUUUUAAUUUUUUUUUUUUUUAAUAUCCGUGAUGCACUUGCUUUAGAUAGUUUCCUAUGUGCCUUUUCCUUCCAUGCAGUAUCAUAUAAUCUUCCCAUACUUCUCAAAGGGGGUUGAGAGUUUUAGGAGACAGGAGAGAGGUGAACAUUGCUAUCCAACCGCUCCAGCAUGAGCCUCAGGAAUCAGGAAUCAGGGGCUCUAUUGGGCUGCUUUGCUGUCUUGGCCUUUGAGCUUGGCAAACUGCUUCCCUCUGAACAUGUGCCCCAUCUGCAGAGUGGGGACCAUGCAAAACAUAAAUUGUUUUUCUAGUGUGGAACUGAAAUUCUGAUAUCCUGGGAAAAAUUUGCCUGCAGUUCUAUGAUGGAUCAAGUUCAUGUUUGGUGUUGCUCCAUAGUCAGUGACUUGACACCAGGAAUGGACUUAUCUACAAUAUUUUAAUUGGCUAAAAUGUUCAUUUCUCCGAUGAGCUCACAGAAGAUUGUAUCAAUUCACUGAUCCAUGAGCAGAGAGUCAGAGCAGGUAGUGAGAAUGCAUUGGAUUUUAAUAUAAUACUAAGACAAAAUGUUUACAAGCCACUGCACCCCGGUGUUCUAAUCACAGUUUUCAAUCUUGCCAACUCAUGGAAGAUAAAACAUAGGAAAUCCUUGUUUCAGUCGGGGGAUAACCUGGAAAGAAAGCUUGGCUCCCUGUAGCAGCCCUUCUUAUUAAUCAGCUUUGUAUAUAAAUUGCAAGCAGCUAAUAGCCAAGUUCCACUGAAAGCAUGGUGUUGCUAAAGUUGUGUGUGUUCAUGUAAAUUUCACAGUAGUA